AAUCCUUUGAUUACGUAAUGACUGCACAACAGGUCAUGGAUUUGGACCCAAUUCUGAAAACAUCACUCAAGCGGUUCGAGCCAUUGAUGAAGUUCUCAAUGAAUUAUACGAUUCAAUAGUAGAGAGAAAGUUAGACAAAGAGGUGAAUGUAGUGAUUGUUUCAGACCAUGGAAUGACACAAAUCGAUGACUUCAAACAAAUUGAAUUGAAAGAUGUCAUAGACUUCAAAAAUACUGUACAACUAUAUCUUGGAAGCGGUUCCGGGGCUCAGAUUGUGCCCAAACCCGGCAAAGAGGAAGAGCCGAGACUGGAAGGAGUGGUAUAUCCUUAUGGAGACCCACCAAAGAAACCUCAGGGAGGAAAUCAUGGUUAUAGUGUCGAGACUUUGCCUGACAUCCGGGCCAUAAUGUAUGGCUUCGGACCGGCUCUCAAGAAGAACUACACCUCCGAUUGGAUAUCAAUGGUUGAUCACUACAACUUGUUUUGUCAUAUACUCGGCAUUAAUGCCAUUCCCAAUAACGGAACCGACGCUAAGGCCAAAGAAAUGUUAGUGAGUAGUAGUGGAAAUAGGGCUCACUAUUCAGUCCUUGUAUUCAGUAUUCUUGUCACUUGUGUUUUAAAAGUAUUUGUUUAGUUUUUACUAAUUUUAUGUCAUGUGAGAUGAAAGAUG